UCCAUCCCGUCAGUCCCGCCCCCCGGGGCGAGAAGGAAUUCGGGAGCAACCGAACGUGCUAACGGAACUUAGACGAGGGAGGCGGGGCCUGAGUCGCCCGUACUCCAAUCAGCGCCUGGCGUGGGCGCAGCCCAGCCAAUUGUGACCCCGAAGCUGGCGGGGGCCGAGACCGCUCUGGCCCGCAGGCCCAAUGGCUGGGGAGGAAGCCGAGCAGAACCGUUGGGGGUGGCGGGGCGGGGCUGCGCCCGGUCGCUUGUUUUCCGUCGCGGUCGCAGCGCGAUGACGUAGUUUCCCCGACAUUCCGUGUCCAAAAUGGCCACAGUCGGCGAGGAGAGACGUCGCUAAGGGGCUUGCCUGAGGCGAGGGUUAAACCGUGCUUUCGCCAAAUCAUCCGACGUUAGGCACGACUUCCAAGAGCAAUUACUUGAGAGUGUGGUCUUCUGUGUUUUUAAGGAUUCUAACAUUUUCAGAAAAUCUUUUGGAAAGAACAAGUCUACUUCAAUAAAUGAAGGAGAAUAAAGAAAAUUCAAGCCCUUCAGUAACCUCAGCAAACCUGGAUCACACAAAACCAUGUUGGUACUGGGAUAAGAAAGAUUUGGCUCAUACACCCUCGCAGCUGGAAGGACUUGAUCCAGCCACUGAGGCCCGGUAUCGCCGAGAGGGAGCUCGGUUCAUCUUCGAUGUGGGCACACGCUUGGGACUACACUAUGAUACCCUGGCAACUGGAAUAAUUUAUUUUCAUCGCUUCUAUAUGUUUCAUUCCUUCAAGCAAUUCCCAAGAUAUGUGACGGGAGCUUGUUGUCUCUUUCUGGCUGGGAAAGUAGAAGAAACGCCCAAAAAGUGUAAAGAUAUCAUCAAAACAGCUCGUAGUUUAUUAAAUGAUGUACAAUUUGGCCAGUUUGGAGAUGACCCAAAGGAAGAAGUGAUGGUUCUGGAGAGAAUCCUACUCCAGACCAUAAAGUUUGAUUUACAGGUGGAGCAUCCAUACCAGUUCCUUCUCAAAUAUGCAAAACAACUCAAAGGUGAUAAAAACAAAAUUCAAAAGUUGGUUCAAAUGGCAUGGACAUUUGUAAAUGACAGUCUCUGCACGACCUUGUCACUGCAGUGGGAACCGGAGAUCAUAGCAGUGGCAGUGAUGUAUCUCGCAGGACGUUUGUGCAAAUUUGAAAUACAAGAGUGGACCUCCAAACCCAUGUAUAGGAGAUGGUGGGAGCAGUUUGUGCAGGAUGUCCCUGUGGAUGUUCUGGAAGACAUCUGCCACCAAAUCCUGGAUCUUUACUCACAAGGAAAACAACAGAUGCCUCAUCACACGCCCCACCAGCUGCAGCAGCCCCCACCUCUCCAAUCUACCCCACAAGUGCCACAAGUGCCACCGCCCCAGCCGGCUCAAGGCUCCGACCCGCCCCAGCCACAGCAGAAGGACGUGCAGCCGCCCACCCCACAGCCCCCGCCACAGCAGGCCCCGCAGCCCAAGAAGCCAUCCCCGCAGCCCAGUCCUCCACGCCCAGCGAAGCGAGCCGUGGUUGUUUCUCCCAAAGAAGAGAACAAAGCAGCAGAACCACCACCACCUAAAAUCCCCAAAAUCGAGACCACUCACCCUCCGUUGCCUCCGGCCCACCCACCUCCAGACCGGAAGCCUCCCCUCUCAGCUCCCUUAGGCGAGGCGGAGCCCCCGGGCCCCGUGGACACCAGUGACCUUCCCAAAGUCCAGAUUCCUCCUCCGGCCCACCCGGCGCCCGUGCACCAGCCGCCGCCGCUGCCACACCGGCCGCCGCCGCCGCCACCCUCCAGCUACAUGACCGGGAUGUCUACCACCAGCUCCUACAUGUCUGGAGAGGGUUACCAGAGCCUGCAGUCCAUGAUGAAGACCGAGGGCCCCUCCUAUGGUGCCCUGCCCCCAGCCUACGGCCCGCCGGCUCACCUGCCCUACCACCCACACGUCUACCCACCCAACCCGCCCCCUCCGCCCGUGCCCCCUCCCCCAGCCUCCUUCCCCCCUCCUGCCAUUCCUCCCCCCACUCCGGGCUAUCCCCCUCCUCCCCCCACCUACAACCCCAACUUCCCACCCCCACCCCCACGCCUGCCCCCCACCCACGCAGUCCCCCCUCACCCUCCUCCAGGCCUGGGCCUGCCACCGGCUAGCUACCCACCUCCGGCCGUCCCCCCAGGAGGACAGCCACCCGUGCCCCCACCCAUCCCCCCACCUGGCAUGCCUCCGGUUGGGGGCCUGGGGCGGGCAGCCUGGAUGAGAUAACGUGAUGCCUUUCCCCCCCCCCCUUUUUUUUUUUAACAAGUUUUUCUAAUCAACUUGAAGAGUAGUUUAAGUGGGUAAGCAGCAGGGUACCUUAUAUAAUGCUAGACAGUUGCAGUAUGGGAAGAAACGGCCCGGACCCGAGAUGAAAUUGGGGUGGUCCUCCACAUCUGGAGAAUGGGGCCAGUGGCUUUCAGUAUAGCCUGAGCAGCGCCGGUUUCGAUCCGACCGCGCGCUUGGUCUCAGCUGGUGGCGUCGGAGGGUCCUGCCCUGGGUUACUUGUACUCGUGAAAACGUUAACCAGCCAUAUUGGCUCAAGAAAUAGCUUCAGUAAGGAGUGAAUUUCCUUCUAGAAAUCAGUGCCUAUUUUUCCUGGAAAAUCCAUUUUAAAUAGUCCAGUUCCAUCUGAAGUCAAGCUGUUGUCAUCGCUUUCAUUCCGUGACGUUCCCUCCCGACACCCAGUAGGUCAGACGAACCACUUUUUUGAUUUAGAGAUAUUUACAUCCUUUGUAUUAAACUUACUUUGAAGGGGUUGCCUUGUUGGAUGGCUUUGUUCUUUUUCCUCCAGAGAGAAGGGGAGAAAUGUACUUGGAAAGUAAUGUAUGUUUACAUCAAUUUGCAAAUUCCUGUACAUAGAGAUAUAUUUUUUAAGUGUGAAUGUAACAACAUACUGUGAAUUCCAUCUUGGUUACAGAUGCGGCUCCUUUGGUCAUUUAUCCAAAUAAAA